GACUGUUGAAAUAAAAAUGACUAGAAAGCGAGCGUCCAAAGAUAGAAAACAGAGGAAUUUAUGACGUGUUCCUGCAAAUUUUAAUGUUUUACUUAAACAGAGACUCUGUUUUAUUAACAACCGUUCAAAAUGAUGCAAGUUACAGAUUUUCAAAAAAUUGGUGUUGGGCUUGCGGGGUUUGGAAUAGCCUUCCUGUUUCUAGGAAUACUGUUCUUCUUUGACAAAGGUCUGCUUGCUAUAGGAAAUAUAUUAUUCAUUGCUGGACUGGCAUUUGUAAUAGGACUAGAACGGACAUUCAGAUUUUUCUUUCAGCGACAUAAAGUGAAAGCAACUAGUUUUUUUAUUGGUGGAAUGUUUGUUGUUUUGCUUGGCUGGCCAGUUAUAGGAAUGGUUUUAGAGAUAUAUGGAUUUUUCUUAUUAUUUAGUGGAUUUUUCCCAGUUGCCAUUAAUUUCUUAAGAAGAGUGCCAGUAAUAGGAACAAUAUUGUAUUUACCAGGAAUUAGAUCUGUAGCAGAUAGAUUAGGAGAAUCAAGUUCUAUGGCAUAAAGAAACAGACAGAAGAUGAAUUUAAAACAGCAAUUUGUAAAUUUUGCAUCUGAACCCAUUGUCCACAAAUUUGUGUUCAUCCAGAGUCUGAGGCCCAGGGGGAUUAUAGUGUUGAUGGGUACUCCAGCAUGUGUCCUCAUGUGUGCAACAUUAUCCUGUCUUUAAUCAACAUCUUCACUGCCACUGUUGAUUUCAUCAGAAUUGUUUUAUUGACUGGCAUCAAGCAUCAGGUGCUUGUGAUUUCCAAUGCACUCAUUGUCAAAAUAAAGGUGAAUGUAGAAAACGGCUUUGAAGCAACUCUUCAUAUACCUAACUGUGAUUUUCACAAAACUGGGAGUAGCACAUUUUUUUUAUUGCAGGCCUACAAGACCUGUAAAUAUAAACCAUGCCAAAAGCUUUAAAAGGAAUUUUCAUGUAAAACUUAAAAAAAGAUGUGUAUACUCUGUGAUGUAUUGUUUUUGUUUUUUUGUGAACUUCUUCAGGAGAGUGGCUUGGUGCAUCUUUGUUUUAUUAUACUUUGAUAAUAUUUUAUGCCAAAAUAUGUUACAAAAUGCUUUUGAGCCAAAAUUGGAAUGAUACAGAUGCAGUUAUAUGAAGUUUCCUUUUUAGAGUUCAGUGUCUCUUUAUUAGGGUUAAAAAUAAUAUUUGUUAAUUUCUAAAUAUCUUAGAAUAAAUAGAAAACAGUGAAGUUUUUAGCCAAACAUGUAGAGUUUCUGGUGAUAUAAACUCAUAAUAGAGAUAUGAAGUAUUAAUUUCUUUAAAUUAUUUAUGUUUUAAAGGAAUUUAAUAGCACUUACUUGGCUCACUGUUUCUCAAUUUAAAAUUUUGGCAGUAAAGACAUUUUGUUUCAUAAACUUGAAAAAUACUCUUUCAUGCUAUUUAUUGAUGUUGCUAUAUUUUAUCCACUGCCAAAGGUGGAGGGACAUUGUUUUGAGGUUGUUCAUCCAUCCAUCUGUCUGUCUGUCUACAUGCAUCUGUCUGUCCAUAAUUGAAAAUGCUUAUAAUUCAAAAAGUAUUUAAGCUAGAAUCACCAAACUUCAUAUUAUUAUUAUAUAAUGACCUUUGCUCAUAUUAUGGUGUUAUCCCCUUGACCCAGUACAAGCUUUUCCCCUUUAUUUAGUAUAAAAAAGGUGUGUGUUUUUUGCAUCUCUGUAAUCUAUGGUUAGAUCUUCAUGAAACUUUACACAAAUAUAGAUCACUGUAGGGUGGUGGUCCAAGCUCAGUAUCAUCAGGAUCACUUCAUCAGCUUAAGAGUUAUUGCCUUUAAUUAUUUUAUAAUCAGUAAAGAGUCCAACAUAACAAAGUAGUCCGUUGAUGGAUCUUAGUAAAGUUCAACACAAACAUAGAUCACUAUAUAGGGUGGUGGUGCAUGCACAUAUUUCAUCAGGAUCUCUUCAGUAAUUUCAGAGUUAUUGCCAUUUAAUUGUUCCAAAGUUCAUAAAUUCCCACAAAACAAAGUAACCCAUUGAUGGCUCUUCAUGAAACUUGAUACAAAUAAAGAUCACUAUAGGGAAGAGUUUUUCCCCUUGAUUUUGUAAAAAGUAGAAACCAACAAACCAUUGCAUGGUCCUUUUGUACAUAACUUGUGUAUAUCAAGAAAUGAAAUGAGCCAUGCCAUGAGAAAACCAACAUAGUCAGGAUCCAUGCUGUUCGCUUUCAAAGUCUUUUGCAAUUAGAGAAACCGUUAGCGAACAGCAUGGAUCCUGACCGGACUGCGCGGAUGCGCAGGCUGGUCUGGAUCCAUGCUGGUCGCAAAGCCACUAUGUUGGUUUUCCCAUGGCACGGCUCAAAUAUCUUUUAAAAUGUCGUCCCCUCAUUCAUAAAAACACCUAUUCGGUGGGGGAUAUAAAUUAACUGAAUUUGCUUGUUUUUAUUGCUUUCUUUAUAAGCAAAUGAAUUGCUUAGCUAUUAAUACAGGUUGAUCACAAUGGCAAGGGAGGGUCUAUCCAUACUUUUUCACUAGAAAGACCUACUGGUUUGGUAUAAUUUCCAGAUGUGAUUUAUAAAUUUCUAAUGUAACUGUUUGAAGAAUACCGGUAGUGAGAGUGAGAGCUAUUUUACUCACCUGGGUGUUCUGUUGAAGUCACACCUUGAUUGAUGUAUGCAUACAAGCUCACAUCUCUAUAAUCAUGCCUGUAUUGGAUUUGGAAAAUAGAUUUUAGUUUUACCUGCUUUGUUGGCAAAUAAAGUACGAUUUUGAGUUCAGUUGCAUAGUAAUCUAAUCACGAAGGCCAAAGGCCUGAGGGAUUAAUUACCACGUAUCUGAACGAAAAAUGUGUUUUAUUUGCCAACAAAGCACGCAAAACUAAAAUCUAUUUCCAUUCUAACACGUUUGAAUUACACCAGGAAGGGGUACUAAUCUGGAAUCCUUUUUUAGGCGGAAUAGCCAAAAGUACGUCGUUUUGCGAAACAUGUUUAAAUCAACAAGACAAUACAUGGUAAAAUCCUUUGUUUAUAUAAAAGAAAAUCUUAAAAGUGUUAAAACGAAACUUCACACAAGACUUCCCUGUCAGUGGACCUAGUAAAAAAACUAUUAAAGCUAAGUAAAUCUCAGUUGAAUUAAAUUAAAAUUAGGGUUCUUUUAACUCGGAAAAUUGGUUUAAGUUUUGUGUGCCUCUAAUUUCAAACAUAUGAUUAAGCUGUAUUUCAGUAACAGCUAUAAUUUAUGUAUGAGAAUGAAACUUCACACAAUGUUUCUCGGUCAUUUUACUUGCUGAAAUAACCAAGUUAGAUACCUUUUGAUUGUAUUGAAUUGUAAGUUUCAAUCGUUUUCGACCUACAAAAUUUGUCUCAGUAUCAAGUUAGUAUACCUCACAGAAGAUGUCCUUCUCCUUAAUUCAAAGUACGGUUCAGAUUUGAUUGAGAAAAUUCAGUUGACAUUUUGGAUGGAAGUUGCUCUCGGUGCCAUAACAUAUUUCGGAUUUUAAAAUAUAUUUUAAUAAGAUAAGUAACUGAGUUACAUUAGUCUUGCUAAGUUAUGACUCUUGUUCAGAUUUAGAUGUUGUCAGAUAAUCAAGUGCACUGUCAAUUGGACAUAUGUUAUGAACAUAUCUUCUUUUAUAUUGCCUGUUAGAUUUCCACCAAACCUGGCCUAAGAUGUCCUUGCAUCAACCUUUCUAAAUACACUGCAAAACAACCUUCAUAUAUUAUUUUUUUAUACAUCCUCUUUAGUUUUUCAAAACCAUGGUUGUAAGAAUCUUGAUUCUAUUCUAUUGGCAUUGCUCAACUUGUUCAACUUCUUUGUUCAACUUCAUUGUUAAACUUUUCUUACUAAGUUACAGUUUUUAUCCAGUUCAACCUUCAAAUAUUAUUUUUUAUAAAUCCUCAUUUUUGGUUUUUCACCAACCAUGGUUGUAAGAAUCCCAGCAUUGACCUUUCUCAAAAUCUUGAUCUUGUAUUAUUAUUUCAUUGUGGUACAACAUGACAAAGCAGAUAUAUGUAGAUAUACCAUUGUAUAGGGAAACAGAUUAUCAUCAAACUUACAAACUAGUAGUUUGAUGUUAUAUGAUAAUAAUUUUGAUCUGCAGAACAGUAUUGAUUUUGAAAUACAAAUUGACAACUUCUUUUGAAAAGAUUUUUUUAGCAUUGGUUUAAGUGUGUGUAAAUGAUCAUUUUUCAUUACAGUGGAAAUAUUUGAAAUACUUAAUUAUAUGUCUUAUUCUAACAAUGACAAUGAGAAUAUGGUUCAUUAAAAAAACAAGAAUUCCAUGUUUUUGUAUCAAAAAUCCUUGUUGUUUUCAUGCAACCUAGUCAUCAGUUAAUUAGAUUUUCAUGACCUUGGUGUUGAAGAUCCUGGAGGUAUAAAAUUUUUGAACUAUUAGUUUGUCAUUCUGUACCUUAAUUGCCUAAACUGGUGUUCUUUACUUCUUAAAAUUUGAUUCGGUUUCAGAUCUAAUUUUUCAGGGCUCAUGUGACACACAGUGCUGGCAUCUUUUUAACUCACCUGUCACAAAGUGACAAGGUGAGCUUUUGUGAUUGCGCGUCGUCCGUGCGUCCGUAAACUUUUAUUUUUCAUGGGAUCUUUAUGAAAGUUGGUCAGAAUGUUCACCUUGAUGAUAUCUAGGUCAGAUUCGAAACUGGGUCACGUGCCGUCAAAAACUAGGUCAGUAGGUCUAAAAAUAGAAAAACCUUGUGACCUCUCUAGAGGCCAUAAUUUUAAAUGGAUCUUCAUGAAAAUUGGUCAGAAUGUUCACCUUGAUGAUAUCUAGGUCAAGUUCGAAACUGGGUCACGUGCCUUCAAAAACUAGGUCAGUAGGUCUAAAAAUAGAAAAACCUUGUGACCUCUCUAGAGGCCAUAUAUUUCACAAGAUCUUCAUGAAAAUUGGUCAGAACGUUCACCUUGAUGAUAUCUAGGUCAAGUUCGAAACUGGGUCACGUGCCAUCAAAAACAAGGUCAGUAGGUCAAAUAAUAGAGAAACCUUGUGACCUCUCUAAAGGCCAUAUUUUUCAUGGGAUCUGUAUGAAAGUUGGUCUGAAUGUUCAUCUUGAUGAUAUCUAGGUCAAGUUCGAAACUGGGUCACGUGCGGUCAAAACCUAGGUCAGUAGGUCUAAAAAUAGAAAAACCUUGUGACCUCUUUAGAGGCCAUAUAUUUCAUGAAAUCUUCAUGAAAAUUGGUCAGAAUGUUCACCUUGAUGAUAUCUAAGUCAAGUUCGAAACUGGGUCACGUGCCUUCAAAAACUAGGUCAGUAGGUCAAAUAAUAGAAAAACCUUAUGACCUCUCUAGAGGCCAUAUUUUCCAUGGGAUCUGUAUGAAAGUUGGUCUGAAUGUUCAUCUUGAUGAUAUCUAGGCCAUGUUCGAAAGUGGGUCAGGUGCGGUCAAAAACUAGGUCAGUAGGUCAAAUAAUAGAAAAACCUUGUGACCUCUCGAAAGGCCAUAUUUUCAAUGGAUCUUCAUGAAAGUUGGUCUGAAUGUUCAUCUUGAUGAUAUCUAGGUCAAGUUCGAAACAGGGUCAUGUGCGGUCAAAAACUAGGUCAGUAGGUCUAAAAAUAGAAAAACCUUGUGACCUCUCUACAGGCCAUACUUGUGAAUGGAUCUCCAUAAAAAUCUUUAGAGGCCAUAUAUUUCAUGAAAUCUUCAUGAAAAUUGGUCAGAAUGUUCACCUUGAUGAUAUCUAGGUCAAAUUCGAAAGUGGGUCACGUGCCUUCAAAAAAUAGGUCAGUAGGUCAAAUAAUGAAAAAACGUUGUGACCUCUCUGGAGGCUAUAUUUUUCAUGGGAUCUGUAUGAAAGUUGGUCUGAAUGUUUGUCUUGAUGAUAUCUAGGUCAAGUUUGAAACUGGGUCAACUGCGAUCAAAAACUAGGUCAGUAGGUCUUGAAAUAGAAAAACCUUGUGACCUCUCUGAAUGGAUCUUCAUGAAAAUUGGUCAGAAUGUUCACCUUGAUGAUAUCUAGAUCAAGUUUGAAACUGGGUCAUGUGCCUUAAAAACUAGGUCAAUAGGUCAUAUAAUAGAAAAAUCUUGUGACCUUUUUAUACGCCGGUUUGAAAAACGGGACGUAUAAUGGGAACGCCCCUGGCGGGCAGGCAGGUGGCGUCCACAGACUUUGCCCGGAGCAUAUUUUCUACAUGCAUGAAGGGAUUUUGAUGAAACUUGGCACAGUUGUUCACCAUCAUGUGGCGGAGUGUCAUGCGCAAAAACCAGGUCCCUAGGUCUAAGGUCAAGGUCACACUUAGAGGUCAAAGGUCAAAUUCAAGAAUGACUUUGUCCGGAGCAUAUCUUCUUCAUGCGUGGAGGGAUUUUGAUGAAAGUUGGCACAAUUGUUCAUCAUCAUGAGACGGAGUGUCAUGCGCAAGAACCAGGUCCCUAGUUCUAAGGUCAAGGUCACAUUUAGAGAUCAAAGGAUACAAGAAAGAAAACUUUGUCCGGAGCAUAUCUUCUUCAUGCAUGGAGGGAUUUUGAUAUAACUUUGCACAAAUGUUCACCACCAUGAGGCGGAGUGUCAUGCGCAAGAACCAGGUCCCUAGGUCAAAGGUCAAGGUCACACUUAGAGGCCAAAGGUCAGAUACAAGAAUGACUUUGUCCAAAGCAUUUCUUCUUCAUGCUUGGAGGGAUUUUGAUGUAACUUGGCACAAUUAUACACCAUCAUGAGAGGAAGUUUCAUGCACAGUUCCUUUCUUUAGAAUUGCUUCCCUUUGUUGUUACUAUAAAUAGCUUAUAUUGUAACUUCUUCAUUACUAGUCGUAGGGAAAAAUCAAGACCACUUUUCUGUAGUACAACAUGCAUGCUACAUCCAAUUUUGAGGUGUAUUUUGACCAAUCUCUACCUGGUGAAGAUUUUUGUGUGGACUUCCAUUUUUUUUUUUUUUUUUUUUUUAAAGAUUAACUUCCCUUAGUUGUUACUAUAAAUAACUUAUAUUGUAACUUUUUUAUAAUUGACCAUAGGGAAAAACCAAGACCACUUUUCUGUGGUACAACAUAGAUGUUACUUUCAAAUUUUAGGUGUACUUUAAGGUCUCUCUUAGGAAAACAAAAGACUUACAAUGAUUACUAAACAACCACAAAAUAAAAAUUCAUUUGCAAUACAACAGCUAGAGUAAAGAAAUUUGCUGUGACGGGCGUAUAUUGUGACAUUCUGGCACUCUUGUUAGAGACUAUAUUUUUCAAUGGAUCUUCAUGAAAAUUGGUCAGAAUUUUUUUUCUUGAUAAUAUCUAGGUCAAGUUCAAAACUGGGUCAUAUGAGCUCAAAAACUAGGUCACUAUGUCAAAUAAUAGAAAAAACGACGUCAUACUCAAAACUGGAUCAUGUGGGAAGAGGUGAGCGAUUCAGGACCAUCAUGGUCCUCUUGUUUUAUUCUCAGAUUUGGAAUGUGCAGAGGCAUUAUAUAUGUAUUGAUGAUGAUUAUAUGAAUGGUCUACCAAAUCAUGUGAUCAUGACAGAUCAAAUUUAUUCAUAUAUUGUCAUACUUUAUUAUUUAUUUUCAUAUUCUGUCCCAUGUUGCAAUUGUGUACAGUAUUUCGGAAGUUUGAAUGUAUGUUGUAGAUGAAACAACAUUUUGUGUUUAUGUAUUUUAUAGUGUACAGAACAUCCUUUUAAACAUGUUUCUAUUGAUUUUUUUUAAAAGCAGACCAAUGUUGUGUUUCAUGCAAUAUUUUGUACAGAAAUGUGAAAAAUAAAAUAUGAAAACCUAGUGA